UGGCAGGAAGUUAGCCGCGGCUAACAGGAAGCCGGACAGUGACGCCACGGUGAGGAGCAGGAUUUGGCAGCGAGCAGCGAGUCCAAACAGUCCGAACGGUCUUAACGGCUCGUUACUGCCGGACCAAGUCCACCGGGAACAGGAGGAACAAACAGACGUCCACCUGUGUAUAAAGACAAGUCAGAGGCAGCUAUGUCUUCAGCGGUGGAUCUUAAGACCAAGGAGGAGAAAGAUGCAGAGCUGGACAGACGAAUCGAAGCUCUGAGGAAGAAGAAUGAAGCUCUGGUCAAGAGGUACCAGGAAAUAGAGGAGGACAAGAAGAAGGCAGAGCAGGAGGGCAUCGCCGUGACGACACCUCGUAAGCCCCGCCCCCACGAGCCGGAGACGGACAGGCGGAAGACAGAGAAAGAAAACUUCACCGUCACAGUCGACCUUUCUAAACCGGCAGGGGAGAAAAGAGUCGUGAACGACUGGAAACCUGCAACUCCUCGCGGCCGGAAGUCGUCGGAGGAGAGCGACGGCCACAGAGGGCAGAGCGAUGGUCGCAGCCCCCCCAGGAGGACGGGCUCUGGUCGGUUGGGCCGAGGAGGUCAGAGAGGAGGUGGAGGAGGAGGUCGCCAAGAGAGGAGAGAGUGGGAACCGAGGACGCCCAGAGAUGGAGAACCUGGUGAGGCAGGAGGUCCAGGACGUAGAGGAGGAAGGAGAGGAAGAGGAGGAGGAGGAGGAGGAGAAGGAACGCCAGGUGGAAUGGACAGGAAGUCUAAGGAAUGGGAGGAGAAGAGGCGACAGAACAUUGAGAAGAUGAACGAAGAAAUGGAGAGAAUAGCAGAAUAUGAGAGAGGACAGCGGGUGGACGGGGACAAACCGAUCCGGAACUUCCUGGACGACCCGAGACGUUCAGGUCCAGCGCCGGAUAUGGACCGCAAGGAGGGCAGCAGGAGACACGUACGGAACUGGGGAGGUCUGGACUUCGACAAUGUGAAGACAGGAGCCGAACUGGAGAAAGAGUGGACCAGUCGAAGGCCCGGUCCGAAAGGCUCCGUGGACAUGACGAUGUCGAUGACCGGCCGGGAGAGGGCCGAGUACCUGCGCUGGAAGAAGGAACGCGAGCAGAUCGACGAGGAGAGGUUAGCUCGCCAUCGCAACGCCACCGGACAGUGGAGACGAGAGUGGGACGCACAGAAGACAGACAACAUGUUCAAGGAGGACCCAUAUGCAGCCACUGAGGGCGUCGCAUCAGAGCAGGGCAGCAGGAGAGACGACAGUAAACGGCCUCCAAAAGCGCCCACAUUCGGAGACUUCCUGUCUCAGGGCCGGAGCCAGGGGCCCCGAGGGGACCGGAGCCGAGGGAAGGGCCGAGGACAGAAACCCAGCUACAGCAUGCAUGACAACCGCUGGGAGGGAGAGAAGGAGGAGGAGGAGAAGGAAAAGGAGGACAAGACGAAGAGGGAGGAGGAGACGAAGAAGACGGAGAAGGAGGAAGAUAAACCCAAACCUGCCACGGCGCCAAAGGUAGAGGAGAAGAACGGAGACGGAGAGGAAGACGAAGAUGAAUGGGAGGAUGCCAGCGACGGAGAGGACGAUGCGGCGGACGAAGGCAGCGACUUGGAACACGACUCCAGAGGCGACGAGAAGAAAGACACCGGCAAAGAGAAGCGAGCGAAGAGCAAAGACUCCUCGACGGCUUCCCCGAAGCACCGCUCUCGACCGACGUCGGCGGGAAGCCCCAAAGAGCAGCGGACCCCCCGGCCGAAGGUCCACAUCCCCCCGCCGGCUGCAGCUCAGGACUCACCGGAGGGAGGGAAGCCCCUCAGCCCCUUCUCACCGCUGGACGGACACCAGCCGGUGUCCGACUGGGGGGAGGAGAUGGAGAUGCAGUCGCCUCGCAGCAGCAUGGGAGGUGAGAGUCCUCUGAAACCCCCCAGCGCUGAGUCCAGCCCACCACAGAAGAAGAACCAGGAGGAGGAGAACCAGGCUGGCAGCUCCAGUGAAGCACAGAAAGAGGAAGCAGCCCCAGAUGUUUCUUCUGCAGAAACUCUGCAGACAGAACCAGAACCAGAAUCAGAAUCAGACUACCCAGCUGCACCGCCAUCUGACUCCGCCCCCUCUGAGGUCUCUGACUCCACCCCCUUCAUGGAAGCCUCCUCUGAAGCUGCUGAGAUGAUGGACCAGGAAACACCUGCUGCUUCAUCACAAGCAGCCAGUCCUCCUCCUGCCGUCCUGGAGGCCGAACAGAGCAGCUCUGAACCAGCAGCAGAGAAAGACGACGACUCGACGCCGGCCGACACCGACGCCGCUCCGACAGCAGAACCAGAACAGACGUCCUCAGGAUGAAGCCGAACUCGCAUCUGAGGAGGACGAAGGAGGAUGAAGAGCUUCACCACUCAUCACUGGAUCACAUAUCUGAAUCAAAAAAAGAGAAAAAAAAAAAGACUUGAACAUGAGGAGGAGGAGGAGCAGGAGGAACUGUGCAUCGCCUCCAUGGACCAACCUCUUUUUAGCUGUUUUCUAAAGUCCGACAGUGUUUCACUUCACUGUGUUUAGUAAGGAAAUCUCAAACGUUGACGUCAGUCAAAGCCUCUGCAAAGUUUCUGCACUGACGGAAUGAACUAAGCAUGAUCGUGUUUUGUUCACGUGUAGAAAAUUAAACACUUUUCACUGCCCUCAGACCCUCACAGAAGUCAGGAAGAAGUCAUUUAAUCCCUCAGAGAUAUUGGUAAUGAAUUAAACUCCACCUCAGGCUGGCAGCUACAACCAGCCGACGCAUCUGAGAGGUGAAAGCAGCGGUUUUCAUCAUGUUCACCUUCACUUUUUUUAGCCCAAUGAAAUCGAAGUUCCUUGUUGCCGCAAAGCUCCAAAAAGUUUCAUGAAGCUGUUUUACUUUAUCUUUGUAUAUUUGUGUCUAUUAUGGGAUUUUUCUUUAGCACAACCAACAAAAACUGAAUCUUGUUGUAUAAUAAUGUAAAACUGGAUCUAAACUGCUUCACUGAUCACGUUGGUUACAUUUAAAUCCAGAGUUUGAGAGGAAAAAGUGCAUUUUAUUAGCGCAUAUUUAGCUAGUUUUGCGCAUUUUGCCAUCAUGUGACCAAUUAAACCUCUGAAAGUCUAAACUCUAUCAAAACACCAAUCAUGUAGUGAAAGCAGUCGCUCUGCUGAUUUAUUUCUGCGUCAUAAUCAGGAAACAUUUGCUGUUUUCACUGACUGUGGCGUCGUUUUACGUUCCCGUUGGGUUCUGAAUCAUCCGAGGUUUUACAGGAAUGUCUGACGCACUGCCUCCUAAAUUUAGUUUCUUUUCACAAACAAGGGUUUCAUUCCAAAAACGCUUCAGUUUCUGUCCUUUUAGCAGCUGUUUUUAGAGCGUAAUUGACUCCCUUGCUGUUUUUCUUCGUUAUUUUGGAAUGAAACCUUUGUCUCGUACCUCAAAACGGACAAAGGGCUUCGGUUUGAUUUGUUCUUUGUUUUCUGGAACCUUUAAAUCAUCUGAGGACGAAUGGGACGCUUUGAUGUCUUUGUGAUGCGUCUGCGAGGAAGAAAAAAACUGCAAUAUGUACAGUUUUAUAAGCAGAAAUGAACAUUCCACAGUUGGGUGGCUGUGCUGGAUGAGGAAUCUUUGAAUUAAGUCUCUGGUUUCAUUUUAAUUUCACGUUUUUGUGCCGGUGUAAAGCAGCCAUUUUACCGUCCACGCUGAAAAUAGAACGUAAACUGUCCCGUUGUACUUUUUUAUUCUUGUUAAAUCCUCCUACACCUGUACUUUCACCACUUUUUGGCUAAGAAAUGUCAUUAUUAUUAGUGUUAGCAAAGCCCAAAGGUUCAAACACCACAUUAAUUAUUAAUUAUUGAUUAGCCUCAAUUGAAUUAGCUAAACGGAGCAGUCACUGAGCUCAAACAUGAAAUUAAACCAACUUUUUGAAAAUUUUUGGCAUUUAAAUGAGGCAAAAAUGCUAAAGAACACGUUCCAGGUCACAAAUGGAUCUUAGUGAAGCUGUUAGAACCUUUUAUUUUGGAAUUCGAGCUGCCAAACAGCUCUCUUUGAUGAAAUCUAGUUUUCUGUUCCCCUUUAGCAGCUAAUUAUCGACUUUUCGCUCCAUUUGAUGCACAUUUAAGUUAAAUUUUUUCCACUUUUUCCUCAUGCUUCUGGCGUUUUUCCUUCGCGAGGCUGCAGGAAUUUUAAUCCGUUUUUUCUGUGAAAUCUUCCCUCAACUCUUGACUUUUAAGAGGCUCUGAGGAGUUUUUUUUUUAUUAUUAUUAUUGGCUCUGAUGACUGAUUGUAUUUAAGGUUGCAGAUGUUUCAUCCAUGUCUUCCUGUUUGAGAAUUAACAAGCUUUGCCUUUUUGUUUGUUUUUUUGGAGUGGUGUUUCAUACAAUGUGUCAGAGCUGGUAUAAAAUCUUUUUAUUUCCAUGUUGUCGAAGCCAUCGGUGAAAUUUCUGAGGAAGAGUUCACGAUUGUCAUCCCAGAUAUGAAAUGUAAAGCACAUGGCUGCUUUAUCUGUUUGUUUUUUUUCUCAUUUAGCCAAUAAAUGUAUUUCUCUGAGGGC